UGUGCGCCGCGAGGCCCUGGGAUUCGGAUGCUCUAGCGCGCGGUUGGGUGACUAGCAGGGUUUAUAGCAGGGAUUGCCGCUUCUUGGCGCCGCCAUGCAGGUCUCCAGCCUCAAUGAGGUGAAGAUUUACAGUCUCAGCUGCGGCAAGUCGCUUCCUGAGUGGCUUUCUGACAGGAAGAAGAGAGCAUUACAGAAGAAAGAUGUAGAUAUCCGUAGGAGAAUUGAACUUAUUCAGGAUUUUGAAAUGCCUACUGUUUGCACCACUAUUAAGGUGUCAAAAGAUGGACAGUAUAUUUUAGCAACUGGAACAUAUAAACCUCGGGUCCGAUGUUAUGAUACCUAUCAAUUGUCCUUGAAGUUUGAAAGGUGUUUAGAUUCUGAAGUUGUCACCUUUGAAAUUCUGUCUGAUGACUACUCAAAGAUUGUCUUCUUACAUAAUGAUAGAUAUAUUGAAUUUCACUCACAAUCAGGUUUUUACUACAAAACCAGAAUACCCAAGUUUGGGAGAGAUUUCUCUUACCACUAUCCAUCCUGUGACUUGUACUUCGUUGGUGCAAGUUCUGAAGUUUAUAGGUUAAAUUUGGAACAAGGACGAUACCUGAAUCCUCUACAGACUGAUGCUGCGGAGAAUAAUGUUUGUGACAUAAAUUCGGUUCAUGGCUUGUUUGCCACAGGAACAGUAGAGGGUCGAGUGGAGUGCUGGGACCCGAGAACUCGAAGUAGAGUUGGCUUACUAGACUGCGCAUUAAGUAGUGUCACAGCAGAUUCAGAGAUAAACAGUUUACCAACAAUCUCUGCUUUGAAAUUUAAUGGUGCCUUGACCAUGGCAGUUGGAACAUCCACAGGGCAGGUUUUAUUAUAUGACCUUCGAUCUGAUAAGCCAUUGCUAGUUAAGGAUCACCAGUACGAGCUACCCAUUAAAUCAGUUCAUUUCCAGGAUUCCUUAGAUUUGAUUUUGUCUGCAGACUCUCGAAUUAUCAAAAUGUGGAAUAAGAACUCAGGGAAAAUAUUUACUUCUUUGGAGCCAGAACAUGACCUUAAUGAUGUUUGUCUCUACCCCAACUCAGGAAUGCUUCUUACUGCCAAUGAAACCCCCAAGAUGGGCAUCUAUUACAUUCCAGUUUUGGGUCCUGCUCCUAGGUGGUGUUCUUUCUUGGACAACUUGACAGAAGAAUUAGAAGAGAAUCCAGAAAGCACAGUUUAUGAUGAUUACAAAUUUGUCACCAAGAAAGACCUUGAAAAUUUAGGGCUCACACAUCUCAUUGGAUCACCUUUUCUCAGGGCAUAUAUGCAUGGAUUUUUCAUGGACAUAAGACUCUAUCACAAGGUGAAAUUGAUGGUAAAUCCAUUUGCUUAUGAAGAAUAUAGGAAAGAUAAAAUACGGCAGAAGAUAGAAGAAACACGUGCACAGAGAGUCCAAUUAAAGAAAUUGCCAAAAGUUAACAAAGAGCUGGCACUUAAAUUAAUUGAGGAAGAAGAGGAGAAGCAAAAAUCUACAUGGAAAAAGAAAGUUAAGAGUCUUCCUAAUAUUCUCACCGAUGAUCGAUUUAAAGUUAUGUUUGAGAACCCUGACUUCCAAGUAGAUGAAGAGAGUGAAGAAUUUAGGCUUUUGAAUCCACUUGUUUCAAAAAUUAGUGAGAAAAGGAAGAAGAAACUAAGACUCUUAGAGCAACAAGAACUUCGUGAAAAAGAAGAAGAGGAAGAACUGGAAGGAAAACCAAGUGAUGCGGAAAGUUCAGAGAGUUCAGAUGAUGAAAAAGACUGGGUUGAAGAGGUCAGGAAGCAGCGCAGACUUAUCCAGCAGGAGGAAAAAGUGAAGCGACAGGAACGACUCAAGGAGGACCAGCAGACGGUCCUAACACCCCAGUUUUAUGAGAUCAAAGCAGGAGAAGAGUUCAGAAGCUUCAAAGAUUCUGCCAUGAAGCAGAAGCUGAUGAACAAAACCCUUGAAGAUCGUUUGAAAAUUGAAGCAAAAAAUGGUACAUUGAGUGUAUCAGACACCACUGUUGGCAGCAAACAAUUGACAUUCACGUUAAAGAAGUCUGAACAGCAGAAGAAGCAACAGGAGGCCGAGAAACUACAUCGACAAGAAAGGAAAAAACUCCGUCGUUCAGCUGGUCACCUGAAAUCAAGACAUAGAAGAGGACGACCAUUUCAUUGAACGUGGACGAGAUCCCACAUGUGAUUAGGAAGGAGCACAUCUCCCCCAGAUUGGUCAUCAUUAGGGUAUUAAGCACUAACAAGGGAAUGCACAUUUUUAAAGUCCCACGUAAAUUCUUGCACACAGAGGUAAAGAGUUAGUAACCUGUCCCCACGCCGUAUGGAUUGGACUUUGAAACUGGGCAUCUGCCAACAUGGCCCCAGGGGUGCUGUUGUAAGUUGUUGCUCUCUAUAAGCAUUGUCCUUUUUCUCCCAAUUUUAAUCAAGUAAACCAGGUGGUUGUUGUCUGUUUAAUAUUGUGAAAUGUGCACCAUGAAAUGAAAGGUUUAUCCUGUGCUAAAAAUGAAGAUUUAUCAUGUUCUGAGAACUUUCUUCUUGCAAUGCCUGCUCCCAUUCACGAUUAAGCCACCCAAAAAUAUCAUCUCUAUUUUAUUUGGUGUCUAUGUAUUGGCCAUGUUUGUAUUUAUAAGUAUAUGUUGAUACAUGUGUCAGCUUGUUUAUGUAUUAGUUUGGGAUUUUUUAAAAAAUAUUUUUAUACCAAGAGAAUAUAAUUUAAUGGAACAGACUGAGCAUCCCAAAUCCGAACAUGUAAAACUUUUUGAGUGCUGACGUGACACUGAAAGCAAAUGCUCAUUGUAGCAUUUCAGAUUUCAGAUUUUCAGAUUCGGGGUGCUCAGCCAGUAAAUAAAAUUAAAUAUUCCCAAAUCCAAAAAAUUCUGAAGCCUGAAACAAUUCUGGUCUCAGAUAUUUUGGAUAAGGGAUACCCAACCUGUACUAACAAGAAACAAGGAAUGGAAGGCAGCCUCUGGCUUGGCCCAAGGUUAAAUACAGGGCUUCGUUCUGUUUCUUAAGUGCAAUUAGAGAUAAACUGGUAGAAAAAACAUUUAUUAAAAUAAAUAAAUACUUCCAUUUGAA